GCAAAUGUUUCCAUGCCCUGAAAAUUGGUACUUCAUAUUUUUGUCUUUCUGUCUCCACAGGUGAAGAGCACCAUGCAGCACAUCAACCUGCAGAUCAGCCAUGACACCAAAGAGAGACCAGACACAGUCAAACAAAAGAACGCCUUUCCUCCAAACUUCAUCCAUUCUCUGGACUCCACACACAUGAUGCUGACGUCACUCCACUGCCACAGUGCUGGUCUUACAUUUGUAUCUGUGCACGACUGCUACUGGACCCAUGCCCUUACUGUGGACACCAUGAACAAGAUCUGUCGGGAACAGUUUGUCGCUCUGCACAGUCAACCCAUCCUCCAAGACCUGUCCAACUUUCUGCUCCAAAAAUAUUGUGCAGGACCCAUGACUGAAGCCAAGAACAAUAAGUACCAGGAGUACAGGAGGCUGAUGAUGCUGCUGGCCAAAGUGCCCCAGACAGGUGAUUUUGACCUGGAGCUGGUGAAAGACUCGACGUUCUUCUUCAGCUGAGGCCCCACCAGGUGAACCAGUCAUGGAGAUGAGUGACAUUGACAUGCGCCACAGGAAAGCUGUAGGUCUGGUGGAGUCUGCAUUGAUUCAGGGGCCUGUCCUGGUUCACAGGCGCUCGUCUGUAGAUGGUCCCCCACAGAGAACAUACCUAGAGGUGGCCUACUUCUCCACGAAGAAGAUGAGAGAAUCAACAGUGGACAGGGGUGUUAAACCUUCAGUCCGACAAAUGCACUGACAUGGCAUUAUGACCUGCUCCAAACAGAAAUACUUCGUCUUUUCAUCAAUAACAACCAUGCUGAUUGCCCAGUGUUCAUUUGAUGGAUGAGCACAAAAGUGACACCACACAGUUUUAGAAAUGCUUGACACUGUUUUUUUUUUAACCAUCAUUAAAUCUAUUCUGCCUUUAGUUAACUCCAUUCUCUUCUGACGCUAUCGUCUGUGGUCAUAAUGUUAUGUCUGACUUCUGUUUUGAAUUGGACAAUAACUGGAGUUUUAUGCUGCCAUAAGAUUGAAAUGCAUAAAUCCCUAUGCCCUGUUGGACUCAGCUGACAGACUCUAACCUCAUGAUGGGUUGGCGUGUGUGCAUUUUCCUGCUGUGCAGAGUGCAGACCUGUCUAUUCACUUUUCCAUCUAACAUCUGAUCCCAACCAGACAACAGGAUGCCCAUCAUGGAAUUUUCCAGCAGGUUGUACUUGAUGAGACAUUUGAGAAAAUAAGUGACUGAACCUUCAGACAUAAAGCAAUACAGCUAACAUAGUCAUCAUGGUGUCUGCCUACUUCUGGUCGUUCUGGAAUGACUAAGCACUUAACAAUUGCCUCUAAAUAAAUGUGUUUCUUAAAA